GCUUCAGGUGGUGAGUUCGCCCAAGAGCUUGGCUAAGCCUUAUCUCUUUUUAAAGGCAUUGGCUAACGUUUGUAUUUGCAAAUGUAAUCUGGCCCGCUUUGGCAUUGAUUUGAGGAGCUUUUUAUUUGUCUGGAAGAGGAGCUUUGGAGGCUGCACGUUUUGCAGGAUGUGUGACCGGAACGGUGGGAGACGCCUCAGGCAAUGGCUGAUUGAACAGAUUGACAGUGGGAUGUACCCAGGUCUGAUCUGGGAAAAUGAAGAGAAAAGCAUGUUCCGUAUCCCAUGGAAACAUGCUGGGAAACAGGAUUACAACCAGGAGGUGGAUGCUUCCAUCUUCAAGGCUUGGGCAGUUUUCAAAGGGAAAUUUAAGGAAGGUGACAAAGCCGAGCCAGCCACUUGGAAGACGAGGCUGCGUUGUGCUCUGAAUAAGAGCCCGGACUUCGAGGAGGUGACGGACAGGUCCCAGCUGGACAUCUCUGAGCCGUACAAAGUGUACAGGAUCGUCCCGGAGGAAGAGCAGAAAUGCAAAGCGGGUAUUGCCAAUGGAGGGAGCUUGAAUGAAGUCACUGACAUGGACUGCAGUCCUUCUGCCAUAGACGACCUAAUAAAAGAGUCCCCCUGUGUUGAUGAAUAUCUUGGUAUAAUAAAGAGAAGCCCUUCUCCACCUCAGGAGAAUUGUAGAAACCCUCCAAUACCAGAUUGGUGGAUGCAGCAACCAAGCUCCGCUGCUGUGCCCCUGAUGAAUGCGUUUUCUGGCUACGAACAGCUGCAUUCAGCCUACUCACAGAUGGUGAUCAGUUUCUAUUACGGAGGGAAGCUGGUGGGCCAAACGACGACCUCUUACCACGAAGGCUGCCGCAUUUCUAUAAGCCACCCCCCCACCCACGGCGACAAGCUGUAUGGCCCCGAUAGCCUGGAGCACGUGCGGUUCCCUUCCACCGACACCAUCCAGAACGACCGCCAGAAGCAGGUCACCAAGAAGCUCUUCGGGCACCUGGACCGGGGGGUUCUGCUGCACAGCAACAAGCAGGGCAUUUUCAUCAAGAGGCUGUGCCAGGGGAGAGUCUUCUGGAGCGGGAACAACGUGCUGUACAAGGACAGGCCCAACAAGCUGGACCGGGAGGAGGUGGUCAAAAUAUUCGACUCCAGCCAGUUUGCCCGAGAGCUGCACCAGUUCUACAGUAACCAAGGCCGUUUCCCCGAGAGCAAAGUCCUGCUGUGCUUUGGUGAAGAGUUUCCUGACACACUCCCUUUACGCUGUAAAUUAAUCCUCGUACAGGUUGAGCAGCUGUGGGUUAGACAGCUUGUGGAAGAGGCAGCAAAGAACUACAGCAACAGCCCCAUGCUUCCGAUAGCCGACGACAUCCAGCAUGACCAAGUACUCAGGCUCUUCCCAGAUAACUACCCUUUACACCAAAGACCUCUGUUUAGAGAAAAUCAACAGAUCACUGUCUGAGUGCUUUUUAAAACAAAUAACGGUGGGAUUAAUUUAGACCUUUGUUGGCCCCCAGCACUGUUUGAAUUCCUCCGUGGAAAACAUUCUGACAUAGAAUCUAGAGGCGCGUGGCGGUUCUUUGUUUAUAAUUAACACAGCAAUCAGAACUUGGGAGCAAAGGAGCUAGACCAGAGUGCACAAUUCUGGCUACAUUUUAUUGAUAUGGAUGGCUUUUGUGCCAUUCUUUGUCUUCCUCCUCCACCAGAGGAGGGAAGUUUCUUGAGUGUUGUCGGAGAAUGACUAGAAAAGUCAGUAAUGCUACCAAAGUGCAUUGAGGCUGUCAAAGACCACCUCUUCUAAGGGUCUGGGACCCUCCUGGCAGUCAGAUCCUCAGCUCAGUUGUAGUCCAUGGAGCUAGGAUGACUGACAGCUGCUGAGGGCCUGCUGCUGCAGUUGCAUCCUCUUUUGACAACCUCUUGGAAAGAACUGAAUCCUGUGAAAAUUUAAAAUGGUCAAACCUACUGGAAUCAGGACCUGAGAUCAGGUCCUCCCCCUGACUUCCAAACGGAAUUUGCAAUACCGCUUGAUGGUAGAAGACCACGGAAAUGUUUUAAAGUCAAUAUCCUUUAGCUUCCAAAGGACCCACUCCUGAAGUAACUUUUUGUUUGCUUUUAUAUUGAGGGUAUUUGGGGUUUUUUGUAGAUGGAAGUAUUUUGCUAUUUGGAAAUAAAUCCCAAAUUAUUUGUAAAUAUCGAAUGCAGGAAACUCAUUUUAAGUGUCUUAGCCAAAGACAUAGGUUUUUUUUUAUAUAUGGAAAUGCAAAAUAUAGAUUUCAAGUUUGUAGUGAAAUGUUAAUGUUUAGCCAGCUUUGGCCUCAAAAAUGCAUGUGCCUGACCUGUGUGUGUGUGUGUGUGUGUGUGUGUGUGUGUGUGUGUGUGUAAGGUAUGGGUGCCUGCCACGAUGUGUGUGCAUGUCCUGACUAACACGCAUCCUCAUGCUUUCUGUGCAUGUGCAACUAGGGAAUAUGAAUUUUUAAGCCAUGGGGCCGAGUGCCUUACAACUGAAAGCCCACAAACAAAACUGUGUGUGUCUCUUUCUGCUAGGCUAAGUAUUUAUUUUAUGCCUGUUUUUAAAUGAUUUUGUAAUGUGCAUCUUGCAAAUAAAGUGCUCUAUUUUGUA